AUGUUGUUCCAACAAGUCACAUUAGCCGUCCUAGGCCUUGCUAUCGCGACCGAGGCCGGCAUCAUUACAGAUACGGGCAUUUCGCAGAUGGGGACGGUUCGCAGGCAAAACAAGAAUGCUGGUGGACAGGGCUUGGGACAGGAGAAGGGGGCAGCAGCACUUGAAGGACUUUUAUGUCUGAGUCCGGAGAACGUUCAAGAUGCUUCCAAAUUGACCGGUCAAGAGACACCUACAGCUGGCCAGUCGCCAUCGUCAGUCGACGACGGCAACUUUAUCAACUUUUGCAAGGGCUCGAUCACCACCAACGGUCUCCAAAACAAAGCCGGCUCCUGCAACGGGAUCGUCAUGGGCAAGAUCCCCUCCACGUCGAACAUGGUGUCGGGAAUCAUCACCUCGCCUAAGCCCGGGGAGAAUCUCCCAGCUGGCAAGACCUUCACCGUCUCGGUACAGACCACAGGUCUCGCAGCCGGAGUAUUCACCAACCCCGCCUCGACCUACUACUCCGCUCCUCAAGAUCUCAACGGGCUGGGCCAGAUCAUGGGACACGUGCACAUGACGAUCCAGAAUCUCGGGGACAGCCUCGCGCCGACGACCGCGCCCGACCCCGUCUCGUUUGUGUUUUUCAAGGGCAUCAACGAUGUGGGCGACGGGAACGGCCUGCUCUCUACUACGGUCACCGACGGCCUCCCGGCUGGGAACUACAGACUGUGCACCAUGAUAUCGACCGCCAACCACCAGCCGGUCCUCAUGCCAGUCGCCCAGCGCGGGGCCCAGGACGACUGCCAGAAGUUCACGGUCGGUGCGGGAGACGCCGCGCAGGGCGACAAAGAUAAUGGAGAUGCAGCCGCAAGUAAGCAUAUUAAGCGAGGCCCCCAGAGUCAACAAGCACGGAGGACUGACAGACUCGCAGGCAAACCCGCCUCCGCAGCCGGAUCGAAGGCGACUGAGGCGAGUAAGGCAGGCAAGGAUGGAAAAGGCCCGAUCCUAUCCCGUCCUCCGCUUCUGCUUCACAUCUUCGUAUUAAGGAGUCAUGUAGACAGACAGCUACAAGCUCAAUGA